AUGGAAGAGAAGGCUAAUAGUAAUAAGGAUGAAGAUUCGUGUGAACAACACAUCGAAUAUACAUUUCUGACACCUCUUUCAACCAUAACAGACGAGGAAUUGUUUUUACAGCAAAAUAAUUAUCACUUCUGCUAUACAUCGGAUCAAAUCGCUGCCAGUCCGCCAACAGAUGAUGAAAACUUCGAGAGCUGUGAAUCAAAUGAUUCGCCACAGAGUGGGAUCGAUGGCAAGAAGGCGUGCGACCCAUUCAGCCCCCACUGCAAGAUCCCAUUGCCCGGCCUCUACGGUAACUCUCACUUCUUCGACUCAACCACUUUUAUACGAAGACGUAAUGAGCGCGAGAGGGCGAGGGUUCGUAGUGUUAACGAUGGCUUUGAACGACUUCGACAGCACUUGCCUUUGAGUUCAAGUCUUAAGGAUAAGAGACUUUCCAAAGUAGAGACACUUCGCUUUGCCAUCACUUAUAUCCAUCACUUGCAGUCACUUCUUAACUCUAAAUCCAAAUCAACGCCUAAUAAGUAA